AUGACUCUCAUGCCAGUCUCGAUUAUAUUGCGUAUUUUUUUGCGCAUCAUUAAACUUACCUACCUUACCUCACAUCAGGGCCUUGACUCGUUUAGGUUUCGCUUCAAAUCAAGUCACCCGAGCAAGUCAAGUCAAAAGAAUUUUUCAAGUAGAGUCAAAAAAUUUUUGACAAGCGUUAAGAAUCGUAAAGAUAAAAGUUUGCAACAAAAUAUUUUGCCGCCCGUGAGCAGUGAAGAAAAUGUUGAGCUAAGUUCGUUCGUGUUCGAGCAAAUUGCUUUGCGAGUAUUGCGAAUUCAACAAAAUAGAAAAUAA